ACGCUACAGCAGGAGGCAUUGUAGUGAGUUCCUGAGCCUCAAAGCAGAAGCAUCGUUUGUGAGGAUGCGGGCACAGCUACUGUAAAAAUAACUCUCUUAAUAUCAUAAAGACCGAAGCGGGUAUUCUAAGAGCGCAGCUUGGAGUACAAAUCGCACGUCUGAGCGCCUUACAAUUGGCUCAGUUUGAUGAACGCACCAUCACGUUUUUAUUAUUGAGCUGCUGGGGGCCUAGGAGUGGAGCACCAGCUGUUUUCUUUUAUGAAUGGGAUGCUCGGUUUCCAGUCGGAGUGGAGUUAAGGAGCGCUGUCAUUUCUUCCAAUGCUUGUAAAGAUUGAAGAUCCGGACUGCCUAUAACUACACGCCGCCAUGCCGAUCUUAAAGCAGCUAGUCUCCACCUCCUCCCAGACGAAACGUCGCUCACGUAUGGACUUGACCAGGGAGAUGAUCAGUGCUCCCCUCGGUGAUUUCCGUCACACCAUGCACGUGGGUCGCAGCGGGGACGCCUUCGGAGACACGUCCUUUCUGAGCACGCGCUCCGGGGAACCUUCCCCCGAGACGACAUCCUUUCCCCGCUCACCGCGGCCUGGCCUUUUGGCGCGCACCUUCAGGAGCAGCAAGCGCUCGCAGUCGGUGACCAGAGUGGACCAACAGAACGACAACAGCCUGCUGAUUCCCGGAGGCUCGCCAGCCUUUGUUAAAAACGCCAUGUCUCUGCCUUUUCUCAACGACGAGAACCGAGGGGACGGGCUCGUGUCAAAGAGCUUGUCUUCCAGCCCGUUUAAGCAGCACGGGGAGCUGGACGGCGGGGGCGCCGCCGCAGCAGCGAACCUACUGGAGCUGCAGGAGAAAAGCUUUGGGGAGCUGACGGAGCUGCCGGAGAGCUCUGUUCACUAUGGAGGUGGAAUGAAGCACGCAGAGUCCGUCAUGUCCUUCCACGUUGACUUGGGACCUUCCAUGCUGAACGAAAUCUUGGAUGUGAUGCAAAAUCAGGAAGAUGACCUUGGCUACGAGGAAGGCAAGAGCAGCGAGGGCCGUGCCUCGCCAGCGCUGAGCAACCACUGCGAGGAAGAGGAGAAGAAGGACGAGGAUGAAGGUGGAGAGCAGCAGCAGGAGGAGACAGAAAAGGAUGCAGCAGCGCACCCGGCCCAAUCUGAUGACCUGAGGGCCGAAGACGAGCAUCCGUACACGCCGGAGAUACGUCCCAAACACCUGCAGCAUCUGGACAGCUGCUCCAUGUCGAGCUCCGGCUCCGCGGCAACGGACGAGAAGCCAAACUACCAGAGCUACGCAGGGGACACAGACAGCGCCACCUUCAGUGCACCGCCCGAGGAGGAGAGCAACUUCUCCUCUUUCUUGGAGGAUGAAGACGACGAGAUCCACGUUUAAGAGUUCAAACUUAAAACGACUAAGCUCUGGCAGACCUUUUUUUUGGCAGUGUGGAUUUCCCCUCAGAGCGGCAACAAGACGCUGCAGUCGGCUCCGGUGGGACCAGAAACUUUCAGGUGGUUACGGCUGCAAAAGAAAAGUGUGAUUACCCUGUUAGGACAUGCCCAACUCUACUCACCAGGGAGCCUUACCCUUUUGAACACUCACUCACUAACGGACAUGGAGACAUGGAUGGGGAGGACUCUCUGAAUAUGCACCAUUCCUGAAAUACACAGCGAGCUCUGGUUGAAAAGAGACUAGUUGAAGGGGGGGGGGACUUAACUCAGCUUUUGAAUUUCCCUUUUCUUACUAUCACAACCCCAGCCCCCCAGUGAUUUUACACUCUCUUUUUCAUUGUGCUUUUUUCUGCCUGGCUUCAGGACAUCAUGCGGCCUGAUCUGAACAGAAGGCCUCUGUCACAAGCGGACCACUGGUGGGUGUCCUGUCCCAAUAAAAGGAGCUGUGUUUGUGACUGGAGCGCGAGGCCCAGCAUCAAACCCUUUUUCAUCAGAAAAUAUUAUGGUAGAGCCACAGAUCUGUCAGACUUUUUCACCCUUAUUCCCGCCUCUGUAACUCAGGGUCCCUGUGAGGCUGCCUGAAGGCAACCAUCUCCUGCUUUAUUGCAGGACCACAAAGUCUAAACCGAAAUUCUGCUCCGUUAGUCUAGUGGAUGCCACGCAGAGCAAAACUCAGUGAGGGGGGAAACUUUAAAGUGAUGCUUUGGGCUCACUACAAAGAACCUUGUUAUCACAGGAAACCGGGGGGGUGAAGAGUAGCGUGUGCCACAUUCUUGGUCGUCUUUUUAUCUGUUUUUUUUUUUUCUUUCAUUGAACACGUUUUUGUUUUUUUUCUCCUUUUGCUUUCAAAAUGAUUUCCAUCAGCACAAACUCGCUGCAUUCCCUCAACACGUUUUUGGCUUUUCUACUUGACUGAAUAACAGUUUAAAACCACUUCCUUCCUUUUCGUUCAUUUUUCUUUCUGUCUUGUCUUGCAUCCAAGCGACUGCAGUGUUAGGACCCGGACUUGUAAAAAAAAAAAAAAGUGAUGCCCAUUAGUCAACAGACCCCAUCACUACACGUGAGUAGAGCUUUAUGGGCAAGACUCAAGUGUGCUGGCACGUAAAACUAAAGCAGACACUACUAGUAUCUGUAGUUUUUGUAGGGUGGAGGAGCUCCUCUCUUUUUCUGUGUUCGUUUGAAGCACGGAUGAAAAAGAAGCCUCACCCAGCGAUAGAUGCAAGAGCAUUAAGCAGAAGAUUGCCGGUUUUUAUGUAAGUUGCAGAGUCAUUGCAGCUCGACUCCACGUCUUGCAUCAUCAGAUCCAUGAGGCUCGGGCUGACUUGCGCAGAUUGAUUUCUCUGCCUUAACUGAAACUGACAGAUGUGCCAAAUUAUAAUAUUCAGGGCCAAAAAAAAAAAAAAUAAUUUUGUGAAAUGUUGAAUAUGUUAGUCCCUGUCUUUUUUUUUCUGUAUGAUCUUAAUUUAGGCUUUCACAGUGAAAAGAAAUGAAAUAAAAGGCGAUUUAAGGGCAAAUAUCUUCCAGAUAAGGGGAGGUACCAGGUGAAUUUGCAUCACUGGUUACACACUACACAAUGUAAUGUCUUUUUUUAUGUUAAAAAGAACGAGCCUCUGUGUUUUCUUUAUCCUUAAUAAGCCUUAAUGUUGUUGUCUGCUCUGUAUAUCUUCCACUUUUUUCCCCUGUAUGACCCAAAUUAACCUAUAUUUUUCAAUUAAAGAGAACCACGAGUA